AUGGAUUCCAUCAGCGUAACAAAUACAAAAUUUUGUUUCGAUGUUUUCAACGAGAUGAAAGUCCAUCAUGUCAAUGAGAACAUCUUGUAUUCCCCUCUGAGCAUCCUUACAGCCCUGGCCAUGGUCUAUUUGGGGGCAAGAGGUAACACUGAAUCUCAGAUGAAGAAGGCUCUUCAUUUUGAUAGCAUUACAGGAGCUGGAAGCACCACUGACUCUCAGUGUGGCUCUUCUGAAUACAUCCACAAUUUGUUCAAGGACUUUCUCUCAGAAAUCACCAGGCCAAAUGCUACAUACUCACUCGAGAUUGCUCACAAACUCUACGUUGACAAAACAUUUGCAGUUCUUCCGGAAUACUUAAAUUGUGCAAGGAAGUUCUACACAGGAGGAGUGGAAGAAGUUAACUUCAGAACAGCUGCUGAAGAAGCAAGGCAGCUCAUAAACUCCUGGGUGGAAAAAGAGACAAAUGGACAGAUCAAAGAUUUGCUUGUAUCAAGCUCCAUUGAUUUUGGUACAAUGAUGGUCUUUAUUAACACCAUUUACUUCAAAGGGAUAUGGAAGACAGCAUUUAAUACAGAAGACACUCAGGAAAUGCCCUUCAGAAUGACAAAGCAAGAAAGCAAACCCGUGCAAAUGAUGUGUCUGAACAAUACCUUUAAUGUGGCCACACUGCCUGCAGAGAAAAUGAGGAUCCUGGAGCUCCCAUACGCCAGCGGAGAGCUGAGCAUGUUGGUGCUGUUGCCUGAUGAGGUUUCUGGCCUGGAGCGGAUUGAGAAGACAAUUAACUUUGAAAAACUCAGAGAGUGGACUAGUACCAAUGCAAUGGAAAAGAAGAGCAUGAAAGUGUACCUGCCCCGCAUGAAGAUUGAGGAAAAAUAUAACCUCACAUCUAUAUUAAUGGCCUUGGGGAUGACUGACCUGUUCAGCCGUUCAGCCAACCUGACCGGCAUCUCUUCAGUAGAUAACCUGAUGAUCUCUGAUGCUGUCCAUGGGGCGUUCAUGGAAGUCAAUGAAGAGGGCACUGAGGCGGCAGGUGCAACAGGGGCAAUUGGAAACAUCAAGCAUUCCCUUGAGUUAGAAGAGUUUAGGGCUGACCACCCAUUCCUCUUCUUGAUCAGAUUCAACCCAACCAAUGUUAUUCUAUUCUUUGGUAGAUAUUGGUCUCCCUAA